AUAGAGAAAAAAAACAUAUUUUAAAAAUAAGAAAUAUUAAGAUUGUUAAUAACUGAGAUUAUGGGUUCUCUCGUAGAGCGUAAGAUCCCCGUCGUGUAUUUCGACAAGGAAACCCUAAAGCCAGGAACAGACUCAUGGGAUUUGGCGUGCAAACAAGUCCGCAGCGCUUUUGAAGAGCACGGUUGUUUCGAAGCUGUUUUUGACAAAAUUCCCGUCCAACUUCACAACUCAGUUUUUGCUGCCACUAAAGAUUUGUUCGACCUUCCAACUGAAACUCUUUUGAGGAAAACCAGUGACAGGCCUGGCUUACCCUACACUCCCAACUGGGUCCACAACCCUCUCUUUGGGUCUUUGGGCAUUGACUAUCCCUCAACCCCUCAAGGAGUUGAAAAAUUUACUAACGUUAUGUGGCCCCAAGGAAAUGAGGCUUUCCGUGAAAGUGUUCUCUCGUUCUCGAAGCUGAUCAUGGAAUUGUACGAAACGGCAACCAGAAUGAUCUUUGAAAGCUACGGAGUGGAGAGGUUGCACGACACUGUAAUGAAGUCAACAUUUCCUCGUAUAAAAUUUGCCAAGUAUAGAAAUCCAAAGGAGAACGAAGCCAGUUUGGGGUUAAAAACUCAUACGGAUAAGACCUUCAUAACUAUAGUGCACCAGCAUGAAGUUGAAGGUUUGGAAAUCUUGUCCAAGGAUGGUGAGUGGCUUGUUGAUGCGAAACCCUCUCCUACUUCUUUUGUGGUCUUCGCAGGCGACAUUUUCAGGGCUUGGAGUAAUGAUAGGGUAAUUCCUUGUGACCAUCGAGUGAUUAUGAAAAAAGGCAAAGACAGAUAUGCAAUUUCACUGUUCACAUACAUAGAAGGAACUAUGGAUAUUCCUGAAGAGAUGGUGGAUAAUGACAAAUAUCCUUUGCAGUAUAAGCCUAUCAAUCAUCUGAGCUUUAUGAAGCGUUUUUUUGUAGACGAAGAACCAGAACUGCAAUACGCUCCAUGCCCUAUUAAAUUCUUUUGUGGUGUUUGAGAUGGUGGAUAUACAAUGACAGAUCUUGCUCUCUAUGUCUUGAUGAUUUGUAUGAGGCCAUUAUGUAAUUUGUCUUAAUUAAUGUGUUCUAUAAAUAUGUAAUGUUUAAUAAUUAUAAUAAUCCAAUGGUGGUCAUGUAUGUGUAACUAUCAUGAUUGUAGUUUUGUGCUUGAUUUCUUGUGUGUGUGAAAAAUAUGAAUCUCUAUAGCCCCUGAUUGCUGGUUUGAAUAAUAAUAAUAAAUACUCUUGCUUCUCUUGGGAAGAAAAUAUUGUAAA